AUGGCUUCCUCUACUCAUUGUGUUGCUAUCCCUGAUGAUCUUGAGGUAAUUUUUUGUGAAGGUUUUCAUGGCGAUAGUGGUUUUUUUGAGUCACUAAUAAUUGGAUAGCUAUCGUUUGUCAUGCGCAAACUAACGUAAUGUAAGAAUGAUAAUAAUAUUAUUGCUUUUGUCUUUAUGUUUGGAAUAGAUUAAUCGUAGACUGAACAUCUAUUGAUCUAACACAGUCCUUAGUCAUAUACUUUCUGCAAAUUUAUCACUCGACGUUCUGAAACCGAGAGACCACUUGCUGUAAUGUCGUUUCCCAUGAAUGAUGGAUCAUUCAGACACUGUUGCGAAGCUCUCUGAUCUCUAUUUUUUUGCAGUACGCGACCAACCUCUUCCUCGUCCCCAAUUGCUACAAGGACGAUCUUAAAUCAGUCAUUAUCCCUAAGGGCCUUAUAAACGACAGAAUUCGACAGUUGGCUCGGGAGAUCCAUACGCAAAUUGGAGAUCAGCCGGUCACUCUCUUGUGUGUUUUGAAGGGAUCUUAUCGCUUUUUUACAACCCUGGUCGAUGAGUUAUCUGUUGCCCGACAUCAAUGUAAUAAUCCCCUUACUGUAGACUUCAUCAGAGCCAAGAGUUAUGAAGAUACAGAAUCCACUGGCAAAUUGCAGAUCAUCGGGCUUUCAAGCAUGGAGGAGUUGAGAGACCAGAAUGUGUUGGUAUGUUUUUCUAACUUUGUGAGUAGUUCUUUCUCAGAUUGUUGACGAUAUUGUGGAUAGUGGGUUGACCAUGUCUCGUUUGAUUCACACGAUCAAGGAGUUGGGAGCCAAGAAGAUCUGGACUGGUCUUCUUUUGUCCAAGAGAUUACCCAGGAAAGUGCAAGUGCAAGAAGACUUUGUUGCCUUCAGCAUUCCCGAUAAGUUUAUUGUUGGUUUUGGCCUGGAUUACAAUCAGAAGUUCCGUGAUCUGAAUCACAUUUGCAUUAUGAGCGAAUCCGGUAUUCAGAAGUAUAAAAAAUAA